ACUUUGUAUUAUUGUUGCAUUUUAUAAAUUUUCAACACAUUAUUUCCUUUGACCAAUGUUGUAUAAAUAAACAAUACACACGAGGAUUUACGUAUCCAAUCAAAAAAGUUAGCAAUAAUGAAUCAGAUGAAGUGGUGCGAAUUAGAAGCAACAAGAUUAAGGUGCAAAGAACAUCCAAAUGAUAAACAAUUACCAGGUGUUUGUUCCUCUUGUUUAAGAGACAAACUCUCAAACCUAUACUCCAAGAACCCUGUUGAUUCUCUCUACUAUUGUUCUCCUUCUUCUCCUGCUUCUCCUCAACCUAUUGACGAUGCCUCAACUAAUCAUGGGUCUUCAUCUCAUCGUAGUAGACGCUUUCGUCGGAAUGCUUCACAAGCGACCAGUACUGCUUCUUGUAUGAUAAGCUUUAAUCAUGCGUUGAACUUGAAGAAGAGCAAGUCACUUGCCGUUGUUUCGAGGAACCGAGUCAGGGAGAGGGAUGUUGGUGGAGGUAGAGGAAGAAAGAAAGAUGGCUUUUGGUCCAAGGUACUCAAAUUGAGGAAAAAGGAUACAGAGGAAUCUGUAGUGAAUUCUAGGACUUGAAGGUGGACAUGAUUUGUUAGAUAUUAUAUAUGCAGUUGUAUCAUAAUUUGAGUGAGGUUUCUGUUGUGGAUCGUAUCAGAAAUUUCAGUUUUCUUUAGAUUUCAAUUGUCAAUUACGAUGUUAGUAUUAUUAUUGUAUUCCCUCAACAUAAAUGGCAAAAUCUUGCAUUCUUUCAGUUCU